CCCAAUUAUUAAUCUCGGACAAAAGAUAACCUGUUUUCUACGAUGCCAUGACAUACAAGCCCCAAUAACCAAUCACCAUGUUCUUCAUUGUAAUUGAAUUGUCGUUGAUUUCUUUAAUUACCAUUGUGCGUGCGCAGCCACCGCCAGUUGAUGCAAGCGGAUGUCCAGCAGGAUUUAAACCACAUGGAAAUCUGUGCUACUUUGCCUCGACAUCAGAGGCCAACUGGGCUGGAGCUAUGGGUUAUUGUCAGUCUAUAGGGGCAACUUUAGCUACGGUGAACACUUUGGACGUACAAACGUUUCUAACGGGACUAAUUAAAACUGGGUAUACAAAUUCAACAGUAACACUGAACACAGGGAAUGAUUAUAUCUAUCAUUAUCUUAUUGAUUCGGGCAUUGACACCACGGGCCAUUACUCCUUCACGUUUGACGUCAUGGCCUGUAAUGACGCUCACAUUGCCUUGUCACGUGACAAGAUUGAUACCGCGAACACGUACGAGAUUGUGAUUGGUGGAUGGUCGGAUUCUCAGUCGGUGAUUCGGGACUGCAAACAGUGUGCUCAUAUGGAUACUGCAGCGCAUCAGAACCACCCUGUAGACUGUUCCCAGUAUCGCUCCUUCUGGGUCAGUUGGACAAAUAACAUUAUCAAAGUAGGCAAAGGGCAUGAUGUGGGUAAAAAUAGAUUUCUGAUUUGGAAUGAUACUUCCCCUCAUGACGUCAACUAUGUUGCUGUGGCGACCGGCUUUGGUGCUACAGGGAAAUGGAAAUUUGAAAGAAGUAGCUACAUGCCUGGUCAAUUUUGGCUUGGGGGUUCAGACCUAGCCCUAGAACAGCAGUGGAUGUGGCUACCAGAUCAGACCAUGUUUGACUACACAAACUGGGCACUGGGGGAGCCGGACAACCUAUACAACAGACAACACUGCGCCCUGAUGGACAGUUCCCGCUCCUAUCAGUGGACCGAUGAGGACUGCGAGGAAAGCCGGAACUUUAUCUGUCAAAUCGAAAGAAAUAGCGAAUGAAUUCACAUAAUUUUA